CUGAAUCGAGUGAGUGCGGGAGACGGCACAGGCAUGGCUGGCAUGUGUGAGCGUGCUCGAGUGUGGCGUGUAGCAAUUGUAUUGCAUUGGUUGUAUUGCAAUGGUAUUGUAUUGUGUUUUGGUUUGUUGCAUUUUGGAUGUUGUGAUGUCGUGUAACGGGAAGGCGAGUGAGGUUGAGGUUAAUGAUGGCACCGGCCCUGGAAGAAAGGAAAGGGCAACAAGGAAAAAAAAAACAUCCUCUCCGCGAACAUCGCCAUCGCCUUCAACCCUCGUUCAUCCCCCCGUACAACAUCAAUCUACAACCCUGUCUCAAUCUUUCCAUUCGCUUCCUCGUCCUCUUUCCCUGCGCAUACCUGCAUGGGAUAUACUGUCGGAUAACGGGGGUCUGGGAUGACAGCGGCCCUCCGACCUGGGUUCCAUUCGCAAGAUUCACUCCAUCAGGAAUCCUGCAUGCCUCUUCCUGGUUGACGUGCAUCAUCCCAUUCCUACCACGAACACGUCUACUCGUGACUGAGGGGUUCAAACCUACCUGGGUAUCUGCGAUGAUGGACAAUGGACGAUGGCGAUGGCAGUGCACAACCCACGAAGCAGGACGUCUCACAUACCAUGCACUCGAGGACAGGGACAGAGAAGGCUGUUGAGUCUCGCGGGGCUGCAGGAACCAUGUGCCACGAAGUUCUCUUCAGCUGGCGACUUCGAAAGAGGGCGAGCAGCCAGCAGGACGAUCACAAUCACGACAUGCAACGCUCAAUCAAGAUCUAUCGUCGCUGCGCAACAUCGCCAAUCUAAGAGACGGGAGGCAACAUGGCAGACGGUGCACAACGGAGUCAUGGACUCGGAGCGAUAGGGUUGGAGUGAUGAGU